GCGGGGCACGCCGGGAGCUAUAGUCCGUUUCCAAACCCACCCACGGCGCGCGCGGGGCACGCCGGGAGUUGUAGUCCGGCCCCUCACGGCGCGCGCGGGGCACGGCGGGAGUUGCAGUCCGCCCCCACACGCGGUACCGAGAGCGGGACCGGCCCCUGGAGCAGAACCGGGAGCGGUGCGGGCAUGGCGGGGCUGGAGCUGGUGUCGGAUGCCGGGUUCCGGGCCGAUGGGCGCCGGCCGGACGAGCUGCGCAAGGUGCGGGCCCGGCUCGGGGUGCUGGCGCGGGCCGACGGCUCGGCCUACCUGGAGCAGGGAAACACCAAGGUGCUGGCGGCCGUGUACGGCCCGCACGAGGUUCGGGGGUCCCGAUCCAAAGCCCCCCCGGACCGAGCCCUGCUCACCUGCCGCUGCAGCUCGGCCCCGUUCGCCGGGGGGGGGGAGAGGCGGCGCCGACCCCCCCAGGGCGGGGGGGACCGCAGGUCGGGGGAGAGAGCCCUGCUGUUGAGGGGGGUGCUGGAGGGGGCUGUGCUGAGCCAGCUGUACCCCCGCUCCCAGAUCGACGUGCACGUCCAGGUGCUGCAGGCGGACGGGGGCGAGCUGGGGGCCAGCGUGAGCGCGGCCGGGCUGGCCCUGCUGGACGCGGGCGUUGCCCUGCGCGGGGCCGUGGUGGCCGGCUCUGCCGGGCUGGCCGAGCCCCCGGCCGGACCCCCGGUGGCCCUGAGCGACCUGAGCUCGGCCGAGGAGGCGGCCGGAGGCCCGAGGUUGGUGGUGGCCACGGUGGGCGGCGGGCGGCUGGCCCUGUGCCAGCUCAGCGCCCGGCUGCACCGGGAGAGGCUGAGGCCGGUGCUGGACGCCGCCCAGGCCGCGUGCCGGGGGCUGCGCGCCGUGCUGGACGGUGUGGUGAGGGCCAGGCUGCGCCAGGACACGGCCAUGGAGCAGUGACCGCUGCAGUGACCGCCCCGGGACACGGCCAUGGAGCAGUGACCGCUGCAGUGACCGCCCCGGGACACGGCCGUGGAGCAGUGACCACCCCAGGACAUGGCCAUGGAGCAGUGACCGCUGCAGUGACCGCC